UCUUGCUUUAUUAUUGGUCCUUUAGCCAUCACGUGAUUCCACGGAAAUUGCGUCACGUACAGUAAAUCUUUACUCGCUGCUCAUUUCCGUCUUCCCUUUGCCUGUUAGCCAUUGUCGACUCUGUUCACCGGGUUUACGGAGUUUGAUUGGCAAGAGCUAAUAUCGUUGGAGAAAAAAGGCGUGUUAUUCGAAAAAAAGUCAUCACAACUGGAUUAUUAUAAAGCUAUACAAAAUGUAUAGCAACGGGUAUACAAAUCAAACUUCCUACAGACCUAGAAGUAACAGGGAAUAUGGCAACAGAAAUGUGAGUGGCACUUAUUGGAAUAGUCAACAACAACAACAGCAGCAGCAACAAAAUCAGAACAUGAAAUUCAAUCCGAAAAAUACGAAAAAGCAAAUUCAGAAAAAGUGCCCUGGCGACUUGUUGAAAAAACCUAAUUGGGAUUUAGAGUCAUUACCAUUAAUUACAAAGAAUCUUUAUGUACCUCAUCCAAACAUAAGAAGUCGUUCCAAUGAUGAUGUUGCACGUUAUCAUAUGGGAAAAGAAAUUACAGUCAAAGGAAAUAAUACUCCAUUACCUAUUCAAGCUUUCGAAGAGAGCAACUUCCCAGACUAUGUCAUGCAGGAAAUUUGUAAACAAGGAUUUAAAGAACCAACUGCUAUUCAAGCUCAAGGUUGGCCUAUUGCUCUUAGUGGUCGCGAUCUAGUUGGCAUUGCUCAAACUGGAUCAGGAAAAACAUUAGCAUAUAUUCUACCGGCAACUGUACACAUUAAUCAUCAACCACGAUUAAGUCGUGGAGAAGGACCGAUUGUGUUAGUUUUAGCACCAACACGAGAAUUAGCUCAACAAAUUCAAACAGUUGCUCGAGAUUUUGGAUCAUCGUCAUGCAUUCGCAACACUUGUAUAUUUGGCGGAUCUCCAAAAGGACCACAGGCUCGUGAUCUUGAACGCGGGGUUGAAAUUUGCAUCGCCACACCUGGACGUCUUAUCGAUUUCUUAGAAAAAGGUACAACUAAUCUAAAAAGAUGUACUUACCUUGUUUUGGAUGAAGCUGACAGAAUGUUAGAUAUGGGAUUCGAGCCACAAAUUCGUAAAAUUAUUGAACAAAUCAGACCUGAUCGUCAAGUUCUUAUGUGGUCGGCAACGUGGCCUAAAGAAGUACAAGCACUCGCAGAAGAUUUUCUUACCGAUUAUAUCCAAAUUAAUAUUGGUUCUUUGACUUUAGCUGCAAAUCACAAUAUCCGGCAGAUUAUAGAAAUUUGUCAAGAACAUGAAAAAGAAACUAAGCUUUCCGAAUUACUUCGUGAGAUAGGAUGUGACCGAGGAAACAAGACAAUAAUAUUCGUAGAGACAAAGAAGAAAGUUGAUGAUAUCACAAAAGCAAUAAAACGUGAAGGAUGGUCAGCCAUUGCUAUUCAUGGAGAUAAAUCACAACCAGAACGUGAUUAUGUUCUGAACGAAUUUAGAAGUGGAAAAACAUCUAUUCUAGUAGCUACAGAUGUUGCAGCAAGAGGUCUUGAUGUUGAAGAUGUUAAGUACGUUGUUAAUUUUGAUUAUCCUAACAGCUCUGAAGAUUAUAUCCAUCGUAUUGGUAGAACUGGUCGUUGUCAAGCUGCUGGAACUGCUUAUGCAUACUUUACUCCCAACAAUGCUCGACAAGCGAAAGAAUUAAUUUCCGUUCUUGAAGAAGCUGGCCAAAAUAUCAAUCCUCAAUUAGCUGACCUAGCUAACGCACAGAAAGCACAAUAUGGAAAAGGUCGUCAACGUUGGAACAAUUCACGCUCUAGUAAUAAAGAUAAUGUGAGCACUAGCUCAAGAGGUAAUUCGAGUCCAGCAUCAAGUACCGGCUGGCCCAGUACCAAUCAGCAUUCAAACAUGCAUUAUCAGCAAAACAACCACACACAAAACGAAAGACAGAAUAUGCAUCGGCAGCAAAAUGGAUACGUAUCAAAUCACGUAUCACGUCAGCAAAACAAUUGGCCAAGUCAGUACAAUUACAAUCAACAACAACGUCAAAAUAAUUCUGGAUAUCAACAGCAGCAGAAUGGUUAUCAUCAGCAAGCUCCAACUACUUGUCCGUCUCAAACUUAUCAAUCUACUCAAAAUAACUCUCGUUAUCAACCUCGUAAUUCAGGAUAUCAAAACAAUCGCAACAUGAAUACUCCACGACAAAAUCCAACUUAUAAUGGCAAUCAAAAUGGACAAGGAGUUUAUUCAAUGCCUCCACCAUUCCUUAUGCCUUCUGGUGGACAUACAGAGUCUGGAAUUCAGAGUUUAGUUAGCAACAAGUUCUUCCAGACAAACCGUCCACCACCUACUGCCAAUCCUUGUGCUUAUCAAUCAAUGGGAUAUGGACAAUUCCAUCAAGCUGUUUCACCUUACGGGUACCCUUACCCUCCAACACCAGUUCAACAGUGAAAGGUAAAUUAAUUAAGGUUUGCGUUCAAUAAUAAUCAGUGAUUACAGUCAAUGCAGAUUUUAUUAUAAAUGCAUUGACAUUUUUCACAAGUCGCCAAUUAAAUGAGGUGAUUCACUUCUAAUUCAUAUUUUCAUCAUCCGAUAUUUUAUUAUUAUUCUAAUUUUUUUCUGGUUAAAUGGUUAUUGUUUGUACUUUUCUGGAAUGAUGCACAUUGGCCAUUAUCCUUCAGCGUUGACUGAAGUAUUUUAAUAUUAAUAGACACAUUAUUUACUUCAAUUUGAAAAAUUUAUCGUAAUAAUUUGUCAACUUAUUUAUAUUCUAAGGCCUAUUAAUACUUUCUUGUGAUUAAGUAAUUGUUCUUUCAAAGUACUUUGCUUAUUCGUUUAAUAUUUUAUAAAGUACAAUAUCACUUAAAACUAAACGUGGGAGAAUUAAUGAUGAAUAUAAUAAAAAAAUUAAAAAAACUAUGCGCCAAUAUUUGGAGGCACAUUCCAGUCGAGUCUUAAUGUUAGUAAUAGCUCGAUGGUAUAAUUAAUUAUAUAUUAAUAUUAAUAAUCUUAAACAAAUAUUUCAACAUGACCACAAAUAUAGAUAAAAGAUGGUCAUUGAUAUGCUAAUUGAAUAGUAAUCUCUUUGCGAUAAUUAUGUAAACUAUCUGUAUGCUUUUUUGAAAUGCACGAAACGUAUAGAAGGGGGGUGGGUUAGGAUUAACGAUUUAUAAUAUUAAUUUAAAAUUUUUCGUAUAUGCUGAAGACGUUCAACAAAAAAGGCCUUUUGCAUAAAAAUUAAGCCCUGCGUCCAAUGAAAAAUAAUAAAUGUAUCUUUUUAGGCGAGACUGGAUUUGUGUCUCGAUUUAAAUGUCUUUCGGUAAAAAAAAACUCUUGAAAUUAAUUUGAGAGCAGGAUUGACUGAUAUCAAAUGGCCCACAUUUGAAAUAGAAUUAAAUAACUAUAAUAUAAAAAUAAUAAAAUAAUAAUGAGUGAGAUAAAAGAUGGGCGAAUAGUUGCAUGGCUGUGCAUCACAUAGCAGAGCUCGGUACUUUAUUUUUGUAUGAAAAAAAGUAAUUUGUUGUUAAAUCAACGAAUUAUAUGAAACAAAUGUUGUUUGAUAUUUAUGCAACUGGCCACCAAGUGGUCCCAAUUUGCGCAUUGUGCAGGCUGUGGCUGCGAUUUAAUAAAUCCCAAUCGUACCUGUUUUAGUUUGACGCAUUAAAAGAUUAAAAAAAAAUUUAGUGAAAAAUUUUUUUUCCAUCGUUUAUGUUUAAUUUAAACAGUACAAGUUUAGAUUGCUUAUAACAUUAAUUAUAUAACAUUAAUCAGUUUGAUAAGCUGCAUAAAGAUGAUGCUACUAUUAUCCAACAUGUACUACGAGUCCAUUAGUGUUUUCCGUAACUUUAAAGAAAAAACGGCUCGUGUAGGGCAGUUCCUUUUUCAAUAUUUGGAAAUUGAAUAGCCGUAUACUGCAUUUUAAUAUGAAAUAAAAUAAAAAUGAGAUAAAAAUUUAAUGCCUUAAUCAUAAUGAGGAUCUCUAUGACCAACAAACAAUUUAUUGCAUAUUACGGUCCUCCAUAAUUAUCUCACGUCUGGUCGAUUUUUUAAUAUAUCAUUCAUUGAUAUUGAUGUAGUUAUUUAUAUUAGGCCAUUUGUUAUAAUUAUUAUUAAUGUUAUAGUUAUUAUUAUUAUCGUUUAUAUUAUUAUAAUGUUAUUAUAUUGUAUUUGUUCAAGUAGCCUCAUACAACGCACACGAACUAGUAGCUCUAUUGAAAAAUUAACAAUUAUUUUAUUCAGUUGUAGUUUUUAGGUUUAUGUAUUCUCUAUUACUCAAUUUGAUUUCUGCACUCAGUAUAGAAAUCGACAGACGCUGAGGUUUGAAUUAAAAAUAAUGAAAAAAAAAAGAAAAAAAAUAAGAAACAAAAAUUAUCAAUAAUGAAUGUUGGAGGCUGCCGUACAUUAAUGUAUACUUUCUAUCGAAUUUCGAUGUAAUAUUUUUUAUCAAAUACUAUUGAAUUUACAUUAAUAUAAAAAUGAUAAAAUUACAGGGGAAAUGAUAAAUAUUUGAUUUUUUUCCCUCUUUUAAUAAUAAUUAAUAAUACAUGAUUAGAAAAUAUAUAAAAUAAUAGACAUCCAGGUAUCGAUAGAAAGAUUACAUGUAGAUCUGUGAUAUGUAAAAUGUAGUAGCGCAAAGAAACUAUUCUGCUGUGUUACAUCGUCUAAAAAUAGGGAACGUAUCUCAUCAAUUUUAUAUAUGUGGUAUACCAUAUCAUGUUAUUACGAUGAAAACCCUGCUAUCGACUGGUAAAACAAAGAUUAAUCAACAAAGAAGAAAAAUUGAAAUAUUGUAAAUUGAAGCAGUUAAUGAGUUUCUCAGCAAUUGGUAUAAUUAAUAAAUAUACGAAUUAAUGAAAGAAAUAAUAAUGAACUGUAUUAAAAAGGGUGUGUGAGAGGUGAGAGAGAAAACAAAAUAAAACAGAAAAUUUAUGAAAAAUAAAUAGUAAAGUAGAAUAAACGGGGCAACGACGAGACCUCUGCUAUCUGAUACUCUUACUCUACUCCGAUUGUUAGUUAGGUAUAUUAAGGAUAGCUAAGAAUUAUUUUUUGAAAGUAAAUAAUUAAAAGUAAAAAAAGAGCAACAGGAUAAAAUACGUGUUGAAAACAAAAAAUAUCUAUGGGUGUUCGCAUAUAUAGAUUUAAUGAUUAAUAAUUAUGUGCUAAUACAGUUAAAAAAAAACAACACGCACAUAUAAAAUAGAUAGUGAUCGCUUGUUGAAAAAGAAGAGAAACUAACAAAAUAAUAUAACGUGUCGCCAAUUGAUGAGAAAGAUAGGCGUGCAAGAAUUACUUAGUAUUCGACCCAGUUAUCAGUCGUGAUUGCUGUGUAUAAUAAAAAAUUAAUAAACCUUUGUUAAAAUAGAUUCGUAAAGAAGGUAUUUGAUCAAAUGCCAAGUGAAACAAGGCGAUCAAAAAAUAAUAUAAAAGAACGGAGAAGGUUUUUUUUUCAUCAUUAUUGACCUAUACGAUGAGAGGGUUAAUUUUUUUCCUGUGCUUAUAAAUCAUCAAUCAGUAAUAAAUGAUGAGUGAUAAGUAAUUAUUAAUACGCGUGAAUGUCGCGUGCGCCUCAGUAUAUAAUACAAUGUAUUUGUAGUUUUUUUCUUUAGUGAAUUGGCUGAAGAAAUAACAAUUUUGUAAUGAAUAAUGAAAAAUAAUUGUUAAAAUAAACUCGAGUACCUUAAUUGUAACGCUGAGCGCUGUGAUAUGUCGCGUACAUGUACGUUUUUUUAUAUUGUUAUUAAAAAUGUCGGUGUGCAUAUUAACAAGUAUCUCCCUUAUAAAACAAGACUGAUCUUUGCCACAUAAUGAACACAAUUGAUAAGCAAUCGCGAACGCGUUUGUAUAACUGUCGAUACAUCCAUUUGUAUAUUAAAUAUUUAUUAAAAAUAUUUUACAUAAUUGUACUGAUGCCGUCCGCGAUAUAUUAAUUAACAAAAACAAACGGCUACUCAUAUUAAUUUAGUCUCGUGAUUUGUCUAGAGUUUUUUUUUUAUUUAUAUUUAUAAUAAUCUUCCAUUGUCUUAUUAACAAAUGACUUUCACUCCGUUCUCUAUUGAGUUACGUGUAGUCUUAUUUAAUGACUAUAAAUACAUGAAGUAACUAUCAUUAUAAUGAAGAAAGAAAAAAAUAUAACCUAUUAACGUUAUAUAUACUAAAUAUCUAUAUAUUAAAUAUUUUUUAUUGAUUUUUUCAUAAUGGAACACCUACCUUUCUCGAGAAUGUGACACGCCGAUUAUAUUGUAACUAUAAAUUAAUUGAAAAUUUGCAAUCUUUACUAUGCGACACCAUCUCGUUAUUUGUUAAUAUAUACCCUUCUCAAGUAAUUGAUCCAUUAGAUAAUUAAUUUAUUAAUAAUAAUUAUUAUUUUUUAUUGACAAACUUAUUUCCGUACAAAACUUGUCAAAUUUGUUGUCUUAUAGAUUUAACAAUUGACUGUUGAAGCUUUCUUAAAAAUAUAUUCUUGAAUUUUCAUAGUUAAAAGAAAUUCAUCUAAAAAAUCUAGUCAAAAUCAUUAUCAUACUUCAAUUAUCAUUCAAAUAUCUCAGUGUACAGGUACACUUAUAUUCUUUUUCGACACAUGAAAAAGAAAAAAAAAUUUUUUGACUACUGAUUAUUAUCAUUAUUACUAUAUUAUUAUUAUUAUAAUUAUUAUUAUAAAAACUAAAAAGUAAUAAAUGAAAUGAAAAAUAAGGAGGAUGAUUGUAUAUUUAAUAAUAAUCAGGCGGAUUUAACAGGCUUGUGUAAGUUUUAUAUUUGAUACUAGUUUGUGAUACUAAAUGAAACGAGAGUACCAAGAAGCCGUUUCCUGGUCGUUAGCCGAAUGUUUAUUCCAGUCAAAAGUUAGUUAUUUCAAGAAGAAGAUAAACUUUUUAAACAUUAAAAAUGCAAUGUAAGAAAGUAAGAGAGAAAGAGAUAGUGAGAGAAAGAGUCGUAAGCAGUGGCAGUUAAUAAUGAAAACGAAAUAAAAAUAAUCAUAUUUAUUUUCUGACCAUGACAAAAUGUAUUUGGAAAAAUAACGUGAUAUAUAGGCGUACGUGUGGUAUAAAAACAAUACAUAAUGUGUUGUUAAAAAAUUCUUGAACUAACAAGAAAAAACAUGAAAAGUUUGAAUAACAAACAUUUUGAUGUAGGAAAAAAUUUAAUGAAGGAACACCCAAUGUAGUGUCGUUAUCGCCUUCUAUAAUUUUUUUUUUAAGUUGAUAAGAAGUUGGAUAAGAGAAUGAAAGACAAUUAGAUUCAACGCCCCUGAAAA